CUUUGGGCAAAUUGGGAGGGAAAAAAAAGUGUGAAUUCCAAUUGAUCAAAAAUGUUAAAAGAAAAAGCAUAGAUUGCAGUCAGCUCACUCAUUCCCAAAAAAUUCUUCAUCACUCUCUCCUUUUGUAUUAUUUUCCUUAGCCUCCAAGGCUUCUCUCCUUCAUCUUCUCAUCUUCCAUCACAUUCUGCAACAUCAUCAACAUCUCAAAAAAAAAGCUUCUCUGUGUUCUUCAAUGGCAGAUACAUACUCUUCUUACAUUGAACCACAUAGAUUAGGCUCUUCACAACUAGUCUCUCCAAACCAUGAAAACCCAAAUAAGUUUCACACUCAUUUCAUGUACAAAGCUAUCCUCACUGCAAUUUUUCUAGUUAUACUUCCUCUGUUGCCUCAACAACCUCCACAAUUCAUCGAUCAAACUCUUCACACCAGAAGUUGGGAGCUUUUUCAGCUUCUCGUAGUCGGUAUUGCCGUCUCUUACGGCCUUUUUAGUCGACGAAACGAUGAAACAGAGAAAGAGCAUAGCUCAAAAUCUGAUAAUGUGAACUUAUUUAUGUCUAAAUUUCUUCAGAUUUCAUCGGUUUUUGAUGAUGAGACAGAUAGUCUAUAUGGGUACCAUGACAACAAGGUUCAGACUUGGAAUUCUCAGUACUAUAGGGGUGAACCAGUUGUGGUGGUAGCUCAAGAAAGCUCUGUUCUUGAAGAACAGAGUGGGGAUAGUGCUCGGUUUGGCGAAAAACCGUUGCUUUUGCCCAUUCGGAGCUUGAAAUCGAGAGUUUCAGACGCCGAGUUUGCUGAAGCAACCAAUGAAUCAAGUGGCAGGGCUGGUUCAAAUUCGGGUUCAAAGCGUUUCUCGAACAAUUCCAAAAAAUCCAGAAAUGUGGGAUUCGGAGCUUCGAGUCCUUUGGAUUUGGAGGAGAAAUUAGAGGAAAAUAAAAUUCUCUGUUCUCCAAUUCUAUGGGGAUCAAAAUCGGAAAGGAUGGAAAUAAAACAAGAAAUGGAUCAUGAUGUUCCCUUGUUUUCUCUGCCUCCUUCAAUGGAAGAUUCUGAGUUCAGUCACCUCGGAUCACACUCUUUUAGGCCUCAAAUUUCUCAAUCAUCUACACCAAAUUUCACAUUUACUUCACCAUCACUCUCUUCCCCGGAAAAUCCAUCUAAUUUCCCGUCUUUCUCAACCGAAUCACAAGCCAAGAUUGUCGAAAAAGUGCCAAGGAAGAAGAUACAAUACAAGCAUUCACCUCCGCCACUGCCACCAAUUGUUUGUAAAUCUCCUCUUGUAAAGCCAAAUUUUAGUCCCUCAAAUUCUGACAAUUUUCCCGGGAAAGAAUUGAAGAGAAAGAUUUGGAGUGUGCCCAAGCACUUGAGUGGGUAUGACACAGAACAACUGCUGAGUAGAGCAUGUGAAACUGAUCAAGACUCGGAGAGUGAAGAUUAUGUGUUUGAAGAAGAAGAAGACUCAGGCAAUGAAGAAGUUGCUUCUAACAGUGUUCGCGAUGAGGGACCGGAUGUGAACAAGAAGGCUGAUGAGUUCAUUGCCAAAUUCAGAGAGCAGAUUAGGAUCCAAAGGACAGAGUCAAUCAAGAGAUCAACUGGGCUGAUUGCUAGAAACUCUUCGAGGUUGUUAGCUUGAUGUAUAUGGUUGGCUCACUUUUUAGGGCUCUAAUUUCAAAAGUCCUGUAUUCGAGUAUUGUUCUUCCUAUUAUAUUUAUUAUUGUACAAUAUAUACCAUUUUGUUUGUAUGAAACUUAUUUAAAAUAAUUUGAUAUUUUAUU